GACCAGUCACUGCUUGCAAGGAAAUAAGUAACGACGUUCGCGAUUGCACCGAUACUUACGAAGAAACAAAAAUAUUUUGCAAAAUCUUAUUUUAAAAUCAACAGUGGAAGAGGACUUGGCUGUAUUUUUUAACAAGUGAUUAUGUGAUGCUACUCUCGUAGGCCAACGCUACGGUUCGUAGUAUGCUACGAAAAUGCUACGGUUUCGUAGCCGAUGCAUAGAUUUGAUAAGGGGUAUUGAUUAGCCGUCGAAAGCCGCGCGAUAGAUGAUACGAAUCAAUUAUGAAGCCUCAGCCGACUCGUGCACGCACUAAUAGAAAGGUUCGCGUGACUCCCUGCGUUAGGGUGUAGUUCCGAGUGGAACAUGGUCCUGUGGCAGUCCUCGCAGCGGCCUAUGUACGUGAGGACUGUGUGGGUGGGCGGCUUCCGACACGCCAUACUCACACACGACGACCCCUACUUACUCAAGCUCAAGAGACGAAGGCCCAAUUCCUCGGCUAGCUCCACCAGCCACAACAAGAGCUCCCGCCUCAGUCCGCCCUCCGACGACCUGCAAGACUGCUUGAGGAAGCUAAAUCUCGUCCUCACGAGCGACAAGUCACGCAUCAACCAACGCCCGGCUACCUCGGGAGACAUAGAACACCUCAACUUGCACGGUGUAGACCAGGACUUUGACGACGAAUUGUAUGUGAAAGCAAGUCCGCAACCUUUGAACGAAUCACAUAUAAGUAAUUACGAUAGCCUCAAUAUCAACAUGAGAACUUUGAGAGCUAAUAAAACUGCCAGAGCCGACUCUAAAGAGAACACCGAACUUUCUGAACGUGUUCUACAAUGGCUGGACUUGGCGGGAAAAAUAGAUCUGCUAGCGCCAGAAAACGUGGAACGAAUGUCACAACCACGUCACAGCUGGCCGGAGCUACAACGUCGACACAAUUUGUCGAAAUCGAAAACAGCAAAUGACAUACAUAAGGAGGCCGGGCGAACAUCGCCGAAAGGAGGGGACAGCCCAAAAGCGCAACAAAGUGGAGCUAUCGAUCGCACUGAUUUUUAUGUGCCGACGUCUGCCAACACGAUCGAGAACUACGCGCGACAGUCACGGAACGUGAAGAGCACGCCACGGCAGGAGAUUAGCGUCAAAAUAAAAGACAAUCACAACAAGAAGUCGAGGGACCUCAAGACGAACGUGACGGAGACGCGGCUCAAGGUCAUCAAUGAGAAGACGGCCAUUGAGAAGCAAUACGCAGAUAUGCUCAAUAAGAAGUUGAUCCCCGAUGUGAGCAAGAACCCUAAGAAACAAGUGCACAUCUUCAUGCCUGAGCUGCCCAAGAAACUGGAGUCGACCACGCCAAGUAGAACUGAAAGUUUACUGUCACAGCCGUCUUAUAAGAGUUUGAAGUUUGACACAACAUUGAAUAAAAAGUAAAAAGUUA